GCAAACACUUGUCUGCAAAAACAGCAAACAAAUCAGACCCAAACUCACCACACACACUCAUUGAAUUUAGCCAAGACACUUUUUCGUAGCGCUGCACAGCAUCUUUGCAUCGAAUAAAAAUAUUUCGACCAACUAAACACAAAAACCACCACCUCAACCACCACUAUGAGUGCUAUGACUGUCGCACUCUACAGAGCAGCAGGCAGCAAGCAAGCAGCAGCAGCAGCAUCCAUCCAUAAAACCCAUGGACCAUUGUGUGUCUGCUUUCGAUUUUUAGCGCAACACAAUUCGACCAAAAACGUAUCUACGGGAUUCUAUACGCUACGUGCAAUUACGGAACAGACAUCAAGACAACGACGAACGUACGGUGAAUGAAUGCGAACGAGUCUUAACAGCAUCAGUUGACUGUGAACAGCCGGCUAGCUCUGUCGUGUGUUAUCGUGAGUGUCGCUUGAUACAAUAUUAUAUCUCUCGAAACUCUAUUGAAUCUUGUAGAUGUUUCGUACGUAAUUUUUAUUCAAAGAAUCGAAGAAUCCCCUUCGGCAGGUAGGACGAGUAUCUCAAUUUUUUUUAUUGUUGUUGUACUGCUUCGAUAUUAUACUACAAGAUAAUAUCGGUAGCGGAUAGUUUUGUCAGACUCGUUGACGCCUCGCCCGUCACUCAUAUAUUUAUUAGAAUAUUAUAUUUUUAAUCCUCGGGCGUGAUGAUCAGAAAAACGGAUUCGCAGGUAACAGAUUCCUUCCUCUUUAGCACGUUGCGUCGCCGAUCUUUGUCGUGCGAGGAAGCUUAGUUAACAAAUAUUUUUUGUGUGUGCAUCCAAGUGUGGAACAGCUCUCAGCUAUCCACGCAGUAAUUCAAGUGGAAAUAUGAAUUAAACGCCCAAUCUUAAUAUACAAGAAGUACAUCGUGUCAAUUAUAUUUUAACUUGUGAUAUUUGUUUGUUGUUGUUGUUGAUCAAGAAAAGUGGGUUAGGGUGUCUCUUCUUUGAUAUUUGAACCAAGAAAUCAAUAUUUCUUACAUACCUACCAAAUUUGUGUCUCAUAUUUAUACCAACCUUAUACCUUUUAGUAUGAAAUUAGUCUUUUUUGCUUGUCUGCUGAUCAUCCAGCUGGUGAUCAGGGGUGGUGCAAUACCCUCAGAUGCGUAUUUGAAGAUGUUUGCUUCGCAAACAUCAGUUGACCCUUGCUAUGACGAAGACAAGGCUAGCAAGUGUAUCCCGGAUUUUGUAAAUGCCGCUUAUGGCAACCCUGUGGUCGCCUCAAGCACCUGUGGCCUAAACGGUCCAGAUCGCUAUUGUGACGUAGCACAGAACAACGAAGAAACCCAAUGUCAUAUUUGUGAUGAUUCGAAUUCAAAACGACGUUUUCCCGCCUCCGCUAUGACCGAUCUUAAUAAUCCGAGCAAUGUCACCUGCUGGCGAUCGGAGACCGUUAUGCCAGCUACUAAUAUCAAUUCGCCGCCAGAUAAUGUUACCCUCACUUUAUCGCUGCAUAAAAAGUAUGAGCUGACUUAUGUUAGCUUACAAUUCUGUCCAAAAGCUCCAAAGCCUGACUCGAUCGCGAUCUACAAAAGUUCAGACUAUGGCAAGACCUGGCAACCCUUUCAAUUUUACAGCUCACAGUGCCGCAGGGUCUAUGGACGACCAAAUCGUGCAACUAUCAAUAAGUCUAAUGAACAGGAAGCCAGGUGCACUGACGCCCACCGUCACAUGGGCGAAGGAACGUCCACUCAAGGCACUCGGAUAGCCUUUAGCACCUUGGAAGGACGCCCCUCUGCCAGAGAUUUUGACUCAUCAACUGUUUUACAAGACUGGGUUACUGCCACCGAUAUUCGGGUGAUCUUCCACCGAUUGCAAAUGCCUGCGGAACUUUUCCAGCAGGGACAGGCGAAUCAGGAAAGCAACGGGAUGACAGCUCCUGUGUCCAGAACUAAAUACACUGACGACUCGCUCGGUUCGAAUGCCAUCGAUCCUCCCGUAAUUACCGUGUCAACAUCGAUGGCUAUCACAUCGAUGGUCGGACAGCAUUAUGCGGUAUCGGACUUCUCGGUUGGUGGACGAUGCAAAUGCAAUGGACACGCUUCUAAAUGCAUUACAGAUCGUGACGGAUUACUGGCUUGUGAUUGCAGGCAUAAUACAGCCGGCAGGGAUUGCGAACGCUGCAAGCCGUUCCAUUUUGAUAGGCCAUGGGGCAGGGCAACUUCACGGGAUGCCAAUGAAUGUAAAGUGUGCAAUUGCAAUGGACACGCCCGGCAAUGCCGAUUCAAUAUGGAACUAUUUAAACUCUCUGGUCGAGUAUCUGGAGGUGUGUGUAUGAAUUGUCGUCACUCAACCACUGGCCGGCAUUGUCAUUAUUGCAAAGAAGGCUACUACCGUGAUCCAUCGAAACCUCUUAACCACCGCAAGGUUUGCAAACCAUGUGAUUGCCAUCCAAUUGGGUCCUCAGGCAAAACAUGCAAUCACACCUCUGGUCAGUGUCCGUGCAAGGAUGGUGUAACUGGCUUGACAUGCAAUCGUUGCGCACGUGGCUAUCAGCAAAGCAGAUCUCACAUAGCACCUUGUAUAAAAAUCCCAAAGGUAGUCAGCAUGAUGGACACGCAAAAUACGGCGCCAGACCCAAGCCAAGGUGAUCCAAGUGCUCCUUAUCGCACUGAAGGAGGGAGGGGUAAAAUGCGAAAAAUGCAAAAUAAACACAAAAAGGGUAAAUCUCAACAAAUAUUGCAAAAGAGAUUACGCAAUAAUGGUAAAGGUAAUUGGUCGAGAAACGAGCACAGAGGUGAGCAGCAGCGAACAAUACACGAAGGAAAGCCAAGAAGAAAUGGUCAAAUUCGAUAUAAGCAUACAGGCGAUAUUCAAAAGGUCUCCACCAGUAGUCGGCGCUUCGACUACGAUGAUGAAACGAGGACCUAUGACUUGGAUGAUCCCAUAUAAAGAUUUGGAAUGUCGAUGUCCAAAAAUUAAAAUAAAUAGAUCUUACCUUGUAUUAGGUAAGGACUCCGAAGCUCCACCUGGUUAUCUGGGUAUUGGGCCACGAUCAAUUGUUAUAGAGUGGAAGGACGAGUGGUAUAGACGCAUGAAACGUUUCCAAAGGCGGGCGCGAACUUGCGAAUGAAACAAUAACAAAAUUAUAUAGAAACUCUAACAAAAU